AUGUGUUCAGCCGUUGUUAGUUGGUUGGUCGGUUGGUCGGUUGGUCGGUCGGUCGGACAAGUAGUGACUUCUGAAGGGCGGCGGUAUUGGGGCUCCGGCCGGUCAAUUAUUAGCAACUAUCCGCAAAUUAUGUGUCAUUUUGCGAGCAAUUUCGUCUCCCCACCAGCCGUAGCGAGCGCUGCUCAACGCAGUUUUCAGUACUCUCAUUGUCGUCCUCGCUCUCUGGAUAUGCCGCUAUUUCGCAUCGGCCAAUCCAAACUUCCCGUUCACAUUCCAUCAUUCGUCAUAUGGAAACGCAGUCAGGCCAGCCGGCCGGCUGCCCUGACUCGGCGACGUGAGUGUGUGGAGGAGAACGAUGCCGGUGAAGCAGCGGCCGAACCGUAA